AUGCCGUUCGACCAGCUUCCUCUAGAGAUUCUGCUCUGCAUCGUCAGAGACCACGGUUUGACAAAGGCUGAUAUAUUUCGCUUAAUAUUGACGUCCGAAUAUCUCCAUCAAACUUUAAGGCCCCUCCUCUUUCGCCAGCUAUCUUAUGGUUAUCUUCAUCGAUCCCACCGUAACGACAGUCUCUUGAGACUCGGCUUACAUGGUUUCGGUUUCCCUGACCGCUCGAUUGAUACUGAUUAUGACUCUGAUCCAAAUCAUUCCCUGCUCGGGUCCCUCAAGAAUGGUUGGAUACAAUCGAGUGAUCUUGAACAUGUCAGGGAGCUCUGCCUUUACUCGGACAUCGAUUAUCUAGGCACUAAUACGUCCAUAAUAAAACUACUCGAGCAACUCGGAGGGAAGCUCAAAGGAUUAGCGUCCGUGUCCCUCUAUCUUUUGCGAGGCCCCCACAUGCCAACCAUUUUCGAGGAUACCCAAGAGCGCAUAGAUCACAUAUUUCAACUGCUUGAGGAUUUGACGACGCGAAAGGUCCGGUUCGAGCUGGUCACCGACGCAAUUCAAUGCCUAGAGUUAACCUCCAAGUCGGAAAUAUUGGUUCUCGACACAUUAUACAUCGAUGCUACGUUUAGUCACCGGCAUUUGAUUGAAAAAUGGCAAGAGGAUAUCAAGCAAUUCACCAAUUUAACCCACCUCGCAUACAAAAGAAUGAGUCCCUGGGCUGCCACAAAUAGCCAGGAUAUAGGUGAACACCACCUCUGUGACGAUUUCCCAAACUUGAGGGUUAUCCGAUUGAUAUGCUCUCCGGAUUUUAAGGCAUUACCUCGAUCAGUCCGUGAAGUGUACAUCGAUAUUGGAGAGACGGAUCAAAUAACACACAACUGCUUCCCGCUCAUCACGACUCUUCCACACCUUGAAGUUCUCUUCGCAUUGAAUCGUCAAAACACGCUCCCAAGAUAUCACGGCAAUCCUCUACAGACACCCCGUCUUCCCGGUACAGCAACGAAGUCUUUAAGAAAGAUUCAUGCGGAAAUGCCAAGGUGCGAUGAAAAAUUGAUGUUUUUCCCACCUGGGGUGAUAGAAACUAUUGCUAGUUGCAAUCCCAGACUCGAGAAUAUCUUCCUACCAUUCUUAUCCGCCUACGAUAUCUCAAAACUCAUGAACUGUGAAUGCACAAACACACUUCGAACACUUGAGAUUCAGAGUUCUAUUUGUAGGACAAUAAUGAGGGAAUCUAGUUUCGACGUUUCUCAUCUGGUAAAACUAUUCACCGGACCUGGGCUCCCAAACUUGGAAGUUCUCAAGUGGGCGAUAGGUGGCAAGCCAGAAAUGGCGGUUGACCAAGAACUCAUUUCAGCAUUGUUUCCAAGGGAUGCUAAAGGUCGACGCCGCCACAACCUCCAACUUCUUGCCGUCGAAAGUCGUCUACCGCCCCCACAGAGCUUGUACGUUUUAUCAGGAAUUGUAAAUUGGAAAGAGCUUCUAGAACACCGACAGGUCCUCCGGAGGGCAUGCUAUAGAGAGCCACAUAAUGAAACAUCCCUCAAAGAGUUGAUUAAACCUGUGCGAUUAGUCUUUGAAGGUAUUGACCAGAGCGAAGUCGACCAAGGGGUUGAGUUUCCAUACGAGUGCCCAAGGACUGUUGUUAUCGAUCACAUCGGACUGUCGGGAAGGGAAAGAGAAUACCUUCGGCAAUGGAGAAAGGCUGGUGGAUCCGAAGGAGUGACUGAAGAAGGGGAGAAUGAAGGACUAGUAUUUGAUUUUAGGAAAUCUGUUUUUGAGGAGCUUUAUUUCUUUGACCUACCACGGAUGAAAUCAAUGGUCAUUGAAGACACAAAGCUAUCUGAUAAGGACGUUGUUACCCGAAAUCUGGUUUGA